CUCAAUUGCCAGCUGUCCAAAACAACACAUGGACUUUCAUUAAAAACAAAAAAAACAACUUACAGUGUUAUACACUAAAUACUAAAAUAGUUCUUACAGCAGCUAAAUGCUUCUUUGUAUUCUUUUUUAAGUCAAGGCCAGUUUUCCAGCAGUGGCCAUAUCGUCCUCGUUCUUAGAAAGAAUCCUACUGAGCUUUCUGUAAUUUUAUCCAUCCUCCAUGGCUUGACUAAUGUUAUUCAGGUGGCUGAUGGAAACUAUUUCCUGAAAUGUUGUAUAUGACAAACAAUUUAGCACUCUUGCUCCCCCAGCAGGUGGAUAUGGAUAUUGAUAUAUAAAAUUAGUCGGCUUAACAGGGAAUAACACCUCCCAGUAUAAUAUAAGAUUAACAUUUUUGUACAGUAAAAUUUCUUGCACUAUAUGUGUGGCGACAGACACUACAGUGGUGCUUGAAUUCAUUCUGAUUUCUCUAACAAAAACUUUUUUUAAUGUAUUUAUAAAGGAUUAUUAGAAGCUUUGUUAAAACUAGCUUUUGUUAAAUGAACAAAAAUACUGGCUUCAUCCUCUGUACCUCCUUUCUCCUGAGCUCCUUCCACGUCAUCUGUACAAAGUAUUUAGCAAAGGAAUGUCUGAUAUCUGAAACAGUUGUUAAUUGCAAAGUGACACAAGAUCUCAAAAAAAAAGUGUCUAUUUGUGUCUCGUCAGCCAGACGCCAGUAAAAAAUCAGACAAUGUCAAAGGUCGUCCAAGAGGUAUGCUAUUGGACAUCAGUCUGAGUCAAAUCACAAACAGCUGACCUCAACGACCUGCUUAAUACAGCAUGAAAAAACAUUAAGUUCAUUAGUUUAAAUCAGACUUUAAAGGGUAUUCAGUCAAAUCGAGUUAAACAAUUACGGCACACAUUUUCUUCUCAGUUCUUCCACUAUUUCAUUAAGAGGUCUAAAAAGUGUCAGAUUAAAUAUACUACAAACCACAAGGGUGAACUGACCGUUCCCAACAAUUCAGGAUGUGGUAACACUUUAUUUUAAGGAGUCCAUAAUACAGAGUAAUUUCCUAGUAAGUACUUAGCAGUAGCCGAUGUAUUUAUGUAAAACAAAAUGUACUUACCACUUAACUGUUAUGGAACAUACCUUAACUGUCUUCUAGAACACCAAAACAUUAUAAAACAUAGUGCCAGAAACAAGAAUCCUUGCACCUCCCUAGGACAUGUCGUUAAAACCACAUGAUAACAACCUGCCGGCAUGGAGUGCUAAAUGACCAAACCAGACUGAGUCUUGAGUCUAAACCAUUGGCAGGGGUGUAGAAUUAGUGACAGCUGAGCAAACUGACCUCGCCAUUCCCCAGCUGAGCUCCCACUUCUCCCCCUUUACUUGAUUGUGUCCUCAGACCUGGGUCAGUUAUUCAUUGCUUAAACCUCAGAAGAACACAGGGCUAGCUUCCAUACCACUGUUCCCAUAAGAUCCACUCCUGGGUCAUGGCUGUUCACAGACGUACAUCAAAGAUGGCACUGUACCUUGUUUGGACCCUGAUGGGCUUCAGUCUGAGUGCGCCUCCAGUUACUUUUGUUCCUGCAGCAUAUGACCUGGACAAUUACGAUGACCCAAACACAUGGGAUAUAAACACGUAUGGAUUGACCUAUGAUUAUGACGACCUGGAUGAGGAGGUUGGGACGCUGGCUCCUCCAGCAGUCACCCAGCCACCUGUUAUAGUUCCUCCAGAGGACUAUGUGGAGGAAGUGACACUGCCGCCCCCUCCGAAAAAUUCACCUGUCCCUUCCACUCUAGACUUCCAUGGUCCAGGCCUGUUUGGGCCUGACACAGGUUUAGGCAUGCCCUCCUGCCUACUGUGUGUGUGUAUCAGUGGCAGUGUGUACUGUGAUGACUCAGAUCUGACUCAGAUUCCCCCUCUGCCCAAAGAAACCACACACUUCUACGCUCGCUUCAACAAGAUCUCGGAGGUCAGGGCAACAGACUUCAUCAAUCUCAACCAGCUUAAAAGGAUCGACCUGAGUGGAAACCAGAUAAGUAAAGUGAACGAGGAUGCUUUUCGCUCAGCGCUUCAGCUUCAGGAUCUCAUACUGGCUGAUAACAACAUCCAGGCCCUUCCAGAGCUCCCAGCUACCCUCAAACACAUCGACAUUCGCAAUAACCAGCUGAGGAGUUCAGCCAUGCAUACAGAGGCCUUUAUGAGGAUGAAGGAUCUUCAGUUCCUGUACUUGUCAAACAACAAAUUAGACUACAUUCCCGCCCCCCUCCCUGAGAACCUACGAGUGCUCCACCUGCAGAACAACAAUAUACAGAGUAUAGGCCAAGACACUUUCUGCAACACCCACGACAUAAACUACAUACGGAAAGCCCUGGAGGACAUCAGGCUUGACGGCAACCCUGUGGACAUCAAUCUUUACGCCCAGGCUUAUGUCUGCUUACCACGACUACCUAUAGGAACACCAGUUUAGGACAGCAUCCCCCGUUUUUCUAGAGUUUUUGUGUGUACGUGUGUAGUUUCUGAACUUUAAAACUCCUGUGUGAGCACAACAGUAUAAUUUGUAGCUAAAAGAUCAAAUACUUUAAAAUGUCACCAUAUCAAUAUCUAGGCAAUCGAAAUCUAUCUUUUAAAUUCCAACUUAUUUAGCCAGUCGUGCUAAGUAGGCAUUAAGUGACUAGCACUCAUUACGGUUCAAGUAGAAAUUGGCUCUGUUCCAAAAUCCAGUGAGCCACCACAGGUAAAAUCUUAAAUCAAAAAGCAAAAUAAGUGACCGUUUGAAACAGUUAUAGCUAGCAACACUGCAAAACCAAGAGAAGCCACUCACAGUUGAUUUUAACAGUGUUUGCAGUUAGCAUGUUGCUAAGCUAAUAGUAAAAAAAACCCCAUAUAAAUAAAUAGCACACAAAUACGUUUUAAAACGAUAAAUUCAUUAGUCGUGUAUAAAUCACUAAAUGACCUUUUCAAUCAACAUCAUACAUACAAAACUAAAAAAAAAUUGCUAUACAGUUCACUGCAAUUUCCAGCUAAAAUGAACACUCACUGGACAUUUCACUUUAAAAGUGUUGCAAAAUGUGCAACAGGCAAUAUAAUAUAAUUCUAUCACAUUCUCUUUAUUAUAUUUUUAUUAAAUGUCAGUGUUUUUGAUUGCACCACCAUUUUUUCUCUAAUGGCAUUGCUAUAUUUUCUGGGAUGUAGGAUAUAUGUAACGCUGACUUAGUUUGUUCACGAGAAGCAACGCUGCUAGCUAUCUUUUGGAUCAUGCUUCGUGUUCUGAUCAUGCCUAUGCUGUCUUAAAAAUAUCUUUGUAGGCAGAUCACUAGUUUUUGGAACAGAGACACUGAUUAGUCAUAACAAAGUUGCAGAGGAAGCCAGAGCAACAGUAUAGUGUACAACCACAACCGAUUCACCACAAUGUGGCGCCAUUCUCCAGCCCUUUCCAUCUGCUGUUACAAAUUUCUUCAUUUCUAUAGGCACUCAGCUCCAUCUGUCAGGUGUUUUUGUCAUUUAAUCUUAGUCUCAUGCUAAUGGCCUUUGAGAAUGCACUGUUCUGUAUGAACGAUGCUGCACGUUUGCUUGAUUUGCUCUAUCUGUUUCCCAUUCAACAGUUUUCAGGACGUUUAUACAGUGACAACUCAGCUGCAUCUAUUUUUAAAUCAAUUCGUUCAUGUACCACUGCAGGUGGUUUCUGAGGUUACUUAGCAACUGUCAAAUAUUUAUAGUUUGACAUUUACCCAUGAGCACAAUGUAAAGAUACUCCUAGAUUAUUUGCACUGGAUGUUAAGCACCUGUAAAGACAUAACAAAUAUAAUCCCGUGAGAAUGAACAGGUUUUCACACA